AUGGCCAAAGAGGAGGACUCUUUGAGAAAGGGGCAGAACGUGGCUCUAUGGAAAACGUUGUUGGCCGGUGCCGUGUCCGGACUGCUGGCCCGGAGUGUAACUGCCCCCAUGGAUACCAUCAAGAUCAGGCUUCAAUUGACACCCGCAAAUGGGCUCAAACCCUUAGGGAGCCAAGUCAUGAAGGUAGCGGGGAGUAUGAUAAAAAACGAAGGUAUCCGGGCCUUCUGGAAGGGAAAUGUGCCGGGUUCGUUGCUAUACGUCACUUAUGGAUCAGCGCAGUUCGGUUCAUACGCGCUCUUCAAUAGGUAUUUGGCGCCAUUCGGACUAGAGGCUCGGUUACAUAGCCUUGUCGUCGGAGCCCUUGCCGGUACGGCUAGCUCCUUUCUCUCUUACCCGUUUGAUGUUCUGCGAACCCGCCUAGUCGCUAAUAACCAGAUACAGUCAAUAAGCAUCGGGAGAGAAGUGCACGAUAUCUGGAAACUAGAAGGUCUCGCCGGGUUUUUCAAAGGCUCCAUCGCAUCGAUGGCAACCAUCGCUGUAACCGCAUCGGUAAUGUUCGGAACAUACGAAACAAUCAGGAUAUACUGCGACGAAAACGAAAAAACGACGACGGCGGGUAAAAAAUGGGAACUGGCUGCCUUAAAUCACAGCGCCGGCGCCAUCGGCGGAGUGAUUGCCAAGAUCACCACGUUUCCCUUGGAGACGAUCCGCAGAAGGAUGCAGUUCAUGAACUCAAGGCACGUGGAGAAAUUCUCCAAGCAUUCCGCAGUGUACAGUUCCUACAAAGGGUACGGGUUCGCAAGAAUCGGUUUGAAGAUUGUGAAGCAAGAAGGCGUGAGCUCGCUUUACAGAGGCAUCCUUGUAGCGCUGUCCAAGACAAUUCCUACCGCUUUCGUCAGUUUCUGGGGGUAUGAAACGGCCAUCCACUAUUUGCGACUAUACUGA